UCAUAAAAGCACAACAGCACCUCAUUGAUACCGGCGCCGGCGAGGACUCCACAAAUUCUGCAAAUUCGAUCGAUUGAUCACCAUCGCCCCCACAAAUGGCUGCCGAUUCCGUCGCCGCCGACCUCGUGGACUUCCUCAACGCAUCGCCGACUGCUUUCCAUGCCGUCGAUGAGGCGAAGAAGCGAUUGAAGGCUGCUGGAUUCGAGCACGUGUCGGAGAGAGAGGACUGGAGCUUGGAGGCAGGGAAGAAGUACUUCUUCACUCGUAAUCACUCUACAAUCGUUGCCUUUGCAAUUGGCAAAAGGUACGUUGCGGGGAAUGGGUUUCAUAUCGUUGGAGCACAUACUGAUAGUCCUUGCCUUAAAGUGAAGCCAGCGUCCAAGGUAGUGAAAGGAGGUUAUCUUGAAGUUGGUGUGCAGACAUAUGGUGGUGGUUUGUGGCACACUUGGUUCGACAGGGACUUAGCAGUUGCUGGAAGGGUGAUUGUAAAAGAAGUGAAGGAUGGUGUAGUAUCCUACUCCCAUAGACUUGUUAGAAUCGAGGAGCCAAUCAUGCGGAUACCUACUCUCGCCAUUCACCUCGAUAGGGGUGUUAAUUCAGAUGGCUUCAAAAUUAAUACACAGAGCCAACUAGUCCCUGUGCUGGCUACAUCAGUUAAGGCUGAACUUCAAAAGCUAGUGGAAGAAAAUAGUGCCCCUCAGGCCAGCAAUGGUGGAAAAGAAAUAAACGACAAGAAGAAUAUUGAUAAACAAAAGCAUCAUACAGUUCUACUGCAGCUGAUUGCUGACCAGGCUCUCUGUAAACCGGAUGAAAUAUGCGACUUUGAGCUGCAACUUUGUGAUACUCAACCAAGUCGUAUAGGAGGUGCUAUGAAAGAAUUCAUAUUCUCAGGAAGACUUGACAAUCUUUGCAUGUCAUUUUGCUCUUUGAAGGCGUUAGUAGACUCCACAGCUUCUGAAAGUUCUCUUGAUGAUGAGUCCAACGUGAGGAUGGUAGCAUUGUUCGAUCAUGAGGAAGUGGGUUCUAAUUCAGCCCAAGGAGCUGGUUCUCCUGCAAUGUUCGAUGCAUUGUCCAGAAUAACAAAAUCAUUCAACAGUUCAGAUCCCAAGUUGCUUGAGAAGGCAAUCCAGAGGAGUUUCCUGGUAUCUGCAGACAUGGCACAUGCUUUGCAUCCUAAUUAUAUGGACAAACAUGAGGAAAAUCAUCAACCUAAAAUGCAUAGCGGUCUUGUUAUUAAACAUAAUGCUAAUCAGCGUUACGCCACAAAUGCCAUCACUGCAUUCAUAUUCCGAGAGAUUGCAGAGAGGCACAAGUUACCUAUCCAGGAUUUUGUGGUUCGUAAUGAUAUGCCAUGUGGUUCAACCAUCGGUCCCAUACUUGCUAGCGGUGUUGGUAUUCGAACUGUGGAUGUUGGUGCUCCGCAAUUAUCGAUGCAUAGCAUACGAGAAAUGUGUGCUGUAGAUGAUGUUACACAUUCGUAUGAGCAUUUUAAGGCCUUCUUCAAUGAGUUCACUGCUCUGGAUGCAAAAAUCACAGUAGAUUUGUAAUUUUACUUCACAACCUAUCUUAAAGGGGUUUAUUUAUCAGUUUGCUUCUUUCAUCUUGAGGUUUGUUGUUAAUAAAGGUUGAAAGACAAUAAAAACUUGUUUAACUGCUGUCACCUGUUGCUGUAUUAUUAGUGCUGCUUCAGAGUCUAAUACAUUUUCCAUAUAUAAUGUGAUGUGUUUUCGCUGC